AUGGAUCCCGAGAAGUUUUUAAAUUUCCAAAUGCAAAUGCGUGAAAAUAAUUUAGAAGUAGAAAAUUUCCUAAAUGAUUUUGAAGCAUGGAAGGAAACAGUUGGAUCAAAAAGCAAACAAUUAGAGAGUACAUGUCAACCGGAGUUGCCGGCUAUUCGUAAUAGUUUACUAAAAAAGCAUAAAAAGAAAGCAGUUAAACAAAGUGUUAACAAUAAAAAGGUUGAACGAAUCAAAUCAUAUGAUUAUCGUGCUUGGGAUAAAUUUAGUGCUAAGCAGGCCUUAGAUGAUGAGCAUAAUGAUGAUCGUGAUGUUGAUAGGAACUCCACUUCUCCUAAUGACCAAGAUUGCAGUAGUGAAACAGAUGAAGAACAAGAGGAUCAGAGAAGAAUUCAGUUAUCUAAAGAAGCUCGUGAAUUAGGCAAUGUUCGUUUUAAAGAAGGUAAACUAAAUGAAGCUAUUGAGCAUUACACUAUGGCCAUACGACUUGCACCUGAAGAUUCUAUCCCAUAUAUAAAUCGUGCAUUUGCUUAUAUUAAAACAGAACGUUAUGCAUCAGCUGAAGCCGAUUGCACAGCCGCUUUAAGACUAGACAGAACUUCUGUUAAAGCAUUUUAUCGGAGAGCACUUGCUCGAAAAGGUUUGGGUCAUAUUACUGGAGCAAUUGAAGAUUUAAAAGAAUUGCUUAGAUUCGAUUCAGAUAAUAAAACUGCCAUAAAUGAGCUCGAAGCUUUAAUUGGUAAAAAGAAAGUCGCACACAUAUCUAAUUCCACCGUGUCUUGUAGUUCAAUUCAGUCGAGUAAUCCGAGAAAAAUGAGACGAAUACCAAUCAUUGAAGUCGAUGAUGAUAAUCAUAAUAAACAAAUAUUAAGUACACCUGUGCAGAAUAGUACAAAAUCUGUGUGUACUAAUGAUGAUAGUUCCGUCUCAAAUAAUAACAAGUGUUCUAUUUUGAAUAAACAUCAAUCAAAAAAUGAGAGUGUUUUGCAUUCGACUCCACAGACAUCAGAUCAUUUGGAAUCUCGGAAUAUAUCCUCCAGUACGUCAACGCCAAUAGUACCAACCAGUGAAACGAUUAAUCCUGAAAGUGAUCAUAAUUUUAAACGACAACUCCCAUUGUUGAAUACGAACUUACACAAACCACCAUCAAAUUGGUUUCAGUUAGAACGUGAACUACGUGAAUUAUGCCAAAGAAAUUCUUCAUCUAACUACCAGCCAAACCUUAGUAAAGAAGCAAUCAUUUAUUUGUGUAAUAUUCAACCAGUUCAUUAUGUGAAGUUAUUCGGUGAAAAUAUGGAAAGUGAUUUCUUAUCACGUAUGCUGCAAGCAUUUUAUCUUUCAGAUCAAUUGACAAAUCAACACAUUGUAGAUCGUUUAUUGUUUUUAUCAAAAUUGCCAAGAUUUGAUAUUGCUUGGAUGAUGGUUGAUGGAUUAGAACGUGUAAAUAUAAUUAAAUUUAUUAAGAAUUUACAGAAUGAUAAUUCACUUGAUAAAGAAUUACUCAAACAAAUUUAUGUACAGUUUGAAUGUGAAUAA